ACACACACACACACAUACACCUACACACCGUAGCCCCCCUCCCUCCCUGUGGUCCGUCCUCUGUGGCGGUGACAUUUAGGCAGAUAUAUAAACCACCGCUGACGCUCUGAUGCUCAGAGCCAGAAGAUUCCUGCAGGACUGAAGCGCUGUAGAACUCAACUGUCUGCCACCACCCGACUGACCGUCCACCACCUACCUGUCGUACUGACCAGGAGCCUGUCUCGCCUCGCGGCAUCAUGCUCACCAGGAACAUUUUUCUUGUGUUCUCUCUGUUCGUCCUGCUGGUGGAAGGAGACCUCGACUCCAACGAUGUUGGAAUGCAGGCCACGUCAACCGAUAAAGACUCAACGUCUGAUGAAGCCCCGACAGAGAGUAUGAACGCCAUCUCUCCUGAUCAGCCAGAUGAAGCCCAGUCUUUUGGAGGAGGACCAGCAGACACCGGCCGCUCCAGUUCAGAGAUCGCAGGCGCUCCAGCAGCCAAUCAGGUGACAGCACCUGAACCUGCUGCAGCUGCCAACAACAGCGUGGAGGACGACGACGACGACUCUGAUGAAGGAGGGAAGAAGAAGUCCGGCUCUCGCUCGGCCAAACCUCAGCGGCCGCCGCCGCCAGCGGCCCACGUUCCCCCCAUGAUGCCCGUCCAUGUGGUCCAGAGCUCCGCCCUCCUGCCGCAGCCAAUCAUUCCUCAGCCCAAAGCUCUGGUGAGGAGUCGAGCGUCCAAGAGACGGUCCAGGACCAACCGGCGCCAGAUAUAAACCACUACACACACCUGGCACACACACACACACACACACAAACACACACACACACACAUGUAGGUUUGAUGCCUGGGACACGCUGCCUUCUUUCGCACUGGCUGAUUAUCAUUUGGUUAUGAAUUUAAAAUGAGUUGUUUGAUGAACAUUUAUAACUAAACUCUAGAUCGAACUUUUGAGAUUGUGACCCUCCUUCAUGUUUGCCUAAGCCGCAAAAACACGUACCUACGUGCACCUUACUUCAAAUUUAGAUAUAUAUAUUUUUAAAAGAUGGCUAAAAUGCACCUUGUGGUCUUGCGACCCCCCAGGGGUCAAUAUAAUGACGUCACAGAUGACCUCGUCAUGGACGGAGGCGGCGUGUCCCCAGAGUACGAACAAGGUUAAUCUCUUACACAAGUGACACACGUGAACACGUCCACGCUCCAAACACACGUCAGUCUGAGAACACACACCGAGCCAUGUGACUGGUCGGCCCAUCGGCCGUCUGAUUGGUCGACCAGAGCGACUACAGGUAUCCAGGAUCCAGUUUUUUUUUUGUUCAGACCAACUUUAUUAGAGCAGCAUGUUUCCACAACUUCAUCAUCCCUCAGACUUUCAGACUUCAGAUUUGAAAAUCAGCCGAAGGUUUUAAACAGUGAAUUUUAUUCUCUGGACGCUUUUUGGACGAAGUUGUAAAGUUGAUUUUUCAUCAGAUUCAGCAAAAGAAACCGAAACGUUCUGUGACUCCUGCAGACCUCCGAGUAUUAAACCUGUUCAUUCCA